CCUCGCCUGCAACCGAACAACUGAACAGCAUCCUUUCACUCUGGAAACUGCUGAAACGGCAGACAAGUGACUGGUAGUGUGUACUUGGACUUCCCCUUUCACGGUCCCACCAUGGCCACCGUCAACCCCGCCACCUAUUCUUGCGCCCUCCAUCCGCUGUCGGACCUGACGCCCCCCUCCCUCGAACGCACCUGGUUGACGGCACCGCAUCCCCAUCUUCCCAUCGUCGCAACUUGCGGUUCCGACAAGACGGUGCGUGUCUAUUCGCUGACCAACUUCCGACUCCUCUCUACCAUUUCUGGAGGACAUAAGCGCAGCGUACGCACCGCAGCCUGGAAACCCCAUAUCCAGGGCGAGAGCGUGCUUGCGACCGGCAGCUUUGAUGCGACAGCGGGCAUUUGGCGUCGAUGGGACAGUUACGGACACGCAGACGACGAACAAGGCGGAUGCGGACCAAGGACAAGACCGGGGCUAGAGCAUGACCACGAUCCCGAUGCCAAGGAAAACAAUAGGACAGACAUUCUCCGCAGGGAAGACUCGGGCGCCGAGGACGAGGACAAUGAGGAAUGGCGUUUUGCAGUGCUCCUUGAUGGGCAUGACAGCGAGGUCAAGUCGGUGUCGUGGUCACCAUCGGGGAUGUUACUGGCCACUUGUUCGCGGGACAAGUCCAUCUGGAUCUGGGAGGAUUUGGACGAUGGCGACAACAAUUUUGAAACAGUAGCCGUUAUGCAGGAGCACGAGGGGGAUGUAAAGUGCGUGGCCUGGCAUCCGGUCGAGGAGUGUCUAGCGAGCGCGAGCUAUGAUGAUACCAUUCGAAUCUGGCGUGAAGAUCUUGACGACUGGGGCCAGGUUGCUUGCCUGCGGGGCCAUUCCGGUACCGUCUGGUUUGUCGACUGGGAGGGUGUUCAGAACGUUCCAGUUUGUUCGCCGGAGUUGACCGGCCAAGAUAAUGAGACUUUAUUGUCCCAGUGGAGGGAGACUGGCCAGCGUGCACUAUCCGGCCCACGUCUCGUAUCAUGCUCAGAUGAUCGGACCAUUCGUGUCUGGCGGCGGCAGCCCAAGGAACAGUCUGGCGGCGGCUAUGAAAACACUGGGGUGCCCAGUAUCCUUCGACCGACUGGCACGGACGAGACCUGGGAAGAGGAAGCGAUCCUUCCCACUAUCCAUGACCUUGCGGUUUACGCGGUGGCAUGGAGUAAGCGAACGGGCCUUGUGGCGUCCGUAGGCGCGGAUGGACGGGUUGUACUUUACGAGGAACGCAUUGUGGCAGACUUGAAGUCAGAUUCCUCACAAGAAGUCAUGGAGACAGACCUUCCGUUGCCGCCCCGGACGGAGUGGGUCAUUGCCACGGUCCUGACAGGGGCGCAUGGUAUUUACGAGAUCAACCAUGCGGCUUGGGCGAAGCGCGCUGAUCGUGAUCGGGACGAGAGCAAGGACGAGGAGGUUCUGGUUACCACGGCUGAUGAUGGGAGUGUCAAGGUUUGGACCGUUGAAAGAUGAUUUCUGCGGCGGCUGAAUCUGGGCCGCAGAGACAACUAGUAUUCUUCGUAUUGGUGUAAUUUGGUCGGAGCACGUCGCAUUGGAAAUGGG